CUUCUGCCGUCUGCAUAUGUCACUUAUUUUACAGCCACAAAAUCACUAAACAAAACAGUCAAACAGACAAGACUGAGAUAGAGAUGCCUAUAUACUCUGUUAACAUAAAAAUGCAAAAAGGUGUUACUUUCCCUCUCACAAAACGAAUCUCUUAACCUUAGCCCUUCAAUUCAUGGAGAAUCCUUCCAGCAAACUACAUAUCAAGGAGGAGAUGGAAUUAAGUACCUUGGUUAGCAAUGGUCGCUUGGAUCUGCAUGGUAGGAUUGCUGACAAACAAACAACUGGAGGAUGGAAGGCAUCGCCCUUUAUCAUAGUGAACGAAGUGACAGAGAGGUUGGCAUUCUUUUCAAUUGCAGUGAACAUGGUGGCUUACUUGUUUUCCGAAAUGCAUCAAUCACUUCCGGAUGCUGCUACCCAUGUCACGGAUUGGAUUGGAGCUGCCUAUGUCCUCACCCUUCUAGGAGCCUUUCUAGCAGAUGCUUACUUGGGUCGCUUCAGAACCAUCCUUAUUUUCUCUGCUGUCUAUGCUGCGGGGAUGAUUUUGCUGACAGUUUCAGCUUCUCUAGACAGCUUACGCCCGGAUAAAUGCAUUGUGAAACCAUGUAAACAAGCAAGCCAAGGCCAAACAGCAUUCCUGUACGGAGCACUUGCCCUGAUUGCUUUAGGUACUGGUGGAAUCAAGCCUUGUGUGUCCUCGUUUGGAGCAGACCAAUUCGAUGAGGGAGAUGAGAAAGAAGUCCAAAAGAAAUUCGCUUUCUUCAACUGGUUCUUCUUCGCCAUCAACAUGGGUGCCCUCCUUGGAAUAACCGUUCUAGUUUACACCCAAGAGAAAUUAGGCUGGGGUUGGGGUUUUGGAAUACCCACAGGUGCCACAUUUGCCUCUAUCAUUGUCCUACUAGCUGGUGUCCGGUAUUACCGUUAUCAAAAGCCAAUGGGAAGCCCUUUCACCAGGUUCCUUCAAGUUAUAGUAGCCUCCAUUAGAAAUCACCAAAGAGGAAUCUCAGUAGGAUCAGAAACUCCUCUCUAUGAGGUCCAAACCACGCAGUCCGAUAUAAUUGGCGCUCGCAAGCUUCCUCACACUCCACAAUACAGGUUUUUUGAUAAAGCAGCAGUGGUGAUCACAGAAGGGGAAACUCACACUCACAGAAGCAACCGCUGGCGCAUAUGCACAGUGACACAGGUGGAGGAGUUGAAAUCCUUCAUCAGAGUCCUUCCGGUGUGGGCUUCCACCAUCGCCCUCUCCGUUUCCUUCGCUCAGCUCUCAACCUUCUUCAUAAGCCAAGCCAACAUCACAGACCGAAGACUCGGAGACAGCUUCAAAAUCCCCGCCGGCUCCGUACCGGUGUUCAGCGCCGUCAACGCCCUCCUCCUCGUCCCCCUCUACGAGAAAUUCAUCGUCCCAUUCCUCCGCAACCGCUACGGCCACCCGCGCGGAAUAACGUCACUGCAGCGAAUGGGCGUCGGACUCUUCAUCUCCAUCUUCGCCAUGGCUUCGGCGGCGCUGGUGGAGAAGAAAAGACGUGAACACUACGCGCAGCCGUUCAGCAUGAGCGUGUUCUGGUUGCUGCCGCAAUUCUUUCUGAUGGGGAGUGCAGAGGUGUUCACUUACGUGGGGCAGUUGGAGUUUUUCUAUGAUGAGGCGACGGAUGGGACGAGGAGUAUUAGUAGUGCGAUGUUUCUGGCGGAGAUUGGGAUCGGAAGCUGGCUGAGCACGGCGUUGGUGAAGAUUGUUGAAGGUGCUAGUGGUGGACAGCAGAGAGGGUGGCUAAGGAAUGAUCUGAAUAGCAGUAAGUUGGACUAUUUUUACUGGAUUUUGACUGGUGUUAAUGUGAUCAAUUUCUUGGUUUAUUUGGCGGCGGCGCGUUGUUUCAGAGGGAAAGGAGCACUUGCACAAGUGAGGGAUGAGGAUGAGAGCAUGGUGAAAUUCAAUGGAGUCUCUCUCUGAGCCACCAAGCACACCAUGAAGGGGGAAUUUAAAUCUGAUUAUUUCUUUUUUUUCUGCAAAAUAAAAUUUCUGUGUGUAGGUCUCUGCUUUAUGUAGUCUUCAUUGCAAUUCUUAACAAAUUAUGAAACACCAUAUAUAAAUUCAUCAAUCUAGAUUCAUUCAGUUUAUAAAUCAUGUAAAUGUUGAUUUUUCAACACAUUGUUCUGUACUCAGUUUGCAUUUUUUUUUUUAUAUAUAUAUCUCCCUUUUCUUUGUCAAAAGUUCUUAUA